AUGGGAGAAUUCGUUGAGGAAAAGUUUGAGAAGCUUUUACCCUUAUUCGAACAACUCAAAAAUGUGGACAUUUUAAAGAACGAGGAAGUACAAGAGUUGGUGAAACGAUGUCGAAGAUAUGAAUAUCGGCUUGCUAAACAGGUAAAGAAUGAAGCUGAUUACGUUGUUUAUGCGGACUACCUGCUGGAUCUACUGGAAUUGAUUUCAAAACGUCGUGAACGUCUCUCUUAUGCACAUCGAUACAAAGAAAUUGAAGGAAUUAUCAACAGUAAAAUAGGCGGAUUAUACUUUGCUUGUGCUUUGCGAUGCAAGAAAAAAAUCAGCCUUUGGUACAAAUGCAUUGAUUUUCUCGUCAACAAGAAAUUGAAUUCCAUGUGCAGUAAAGUCUUUACAACUGCAUUGCAGUUUCAUUCGUCAGACAAAGAUCUUCGAUGUCGAUCUGCUAAAUGGGAAUUAUCCGGAAAUAAUUCGAUUGAGAAUGCUCGCUCCCAACUGCAACUCGUACUACGAAAUCAACAUCAAGAGACGACUUAUUGGAUUUGCCUUUUUGAAAUCGAGCUCUCUUUUGCCAAAAAGAUGAGGGAACGACUUGAAUUUUUGAAGAAAAGAGACAAAACGGAGGAUUCUGAAAUAGCCACAUCACAAACGGUUGAUGACGCCAUUCUUGAUUUUAAAGUGGUUGAGGUGGUGCUAAAUCAAGCACUCAGGAAAGUAAAUGAUCACACAAAAGUCGCAGAAAUGCUUCAUUCAAUGUGGGAAUUUUCUUUCCAACAAGGCCCAGCUUUGGAAAGAAUUACCAAUUUAAUUUACGAUAAAUUACAAAAGCUGACGGACCCCGGGGAAGUUGAAUAUGCCAUUUUGGCAUCAUUCGAGAAAAAGUGUCAUGAUGAAGGAAAGUAUAUUCUGGAUUGCUUCGAUGAUGCGUUCGAAAAAUGCUCUACUGAGAAGUUAUGCCGCAUUUUCUUGAAUAUCUGUGAAAAAUCGGAUGCAGCUGAUGCUCUUAUUGAAGGUAACAAAAUUCGCCAAAAGUUGAUCGAUAUGGGUGUGGCUUUGGUUGACGACAUACAAAAAGUUUUGAUUUCCUACGACUUGGCCGACAAAGAUGUAGACAAUAAAGUUUUGGAAAUCACAAAAGAGUCCUUAAAGACACAUCAAGGAGAUGCAAAACUUUGGGAAUUGCACCUGGGAGCAAGAAUCAAUCUCUUGACUGGAUCUAAACGAAAAGAAAGUAUAGAAAAACAAAAAGAAGAUCUAAUGGAAGUGUUCGAUGAAGCUUUCAAAAAAGUUUCGUUGAAUGAGCAGUUACAAAUUUGGAAACUGGCCAUCGACUUUGCGAUUGAAAAUGAACCGAGCAAGAUGGACGCGAUUUUUUCGCAAUGUUUUCUUAUUGCACCAUGCUCUGUAUCAUCUCCAAUAAAGGUGAUUCGCCUUAAUUAUAUGGAAGCUCUCGGAAAUAUUGAACAGUUCCGCAAUGAGGCUCAUCGCUUAAUGGAUAUGAAGCCGAAUAGUUAUUCGGUGUACGUGAGAAUUGCUGAAAUAGAGUCUAAACGGCAAGAGGGAAUGGAUAAGAAACUCUGUGAAAUGGCCUUGAAAUUGGCUGUGAACGAAAAUGAGCAAAGUCCUGAUGCGUGGCUCGAAUAUUUGAAAUUUCUCCUCGAGCAUAAACCGCAGAGUGUCGCCAACGCACAUCAGAGAGCCAUCCUUGCACUCACAGAUGUCGCCUCUGAAGAACUUGAAAUUGGAUGGAUGAAAUUUAAUAGGUCGCUU